AUGGAGAAGCUUGAUCUCGUCGAAGAAGCAAAGAAAAAGAAGGCGCGCGAAUUAGUCAUAGGUAUCAAAGACAUACAGCACCGCCAUUACAAUGUCAUUUGGAAACUCACGGAGGACGAGCAGGCCACAAUCGACGAAGAUGCGAAGAUGAAGUACGAUGAGGCGAUGGUGGCGAGGGAAAAGCCGGAGAUGGCAAUGGCACAGCUGAAACAGAGUGUCGCGGACAUGGAUGCGCCAAGUGAAGAAGUCGAUUUCGUUGGUCGAGUUGAAGUUGGAGACCAUGCGGAGCAAUGGCAUCGACGCCGACACAAUUAA